AUGUGUAUUACCUGUGCUGAGCAAAGCGUGUGGUGUGUGUGGCAGGCGGUGGGGUGCGCGCUGGUGGCGCUGUCAGACUACACGGCCGUGGGGCCCAGCGAGGUCUCGCUGCGGGAGGGCCAGCACGCGGAGCUGCUCAAGGUGGGCUGCGCCGGCUGGUGGUACGUGCGUCUGGCCGGUGGUCAGGGUGAGGGCUGGGCGCCGGCGGCGUACCUGGACCAGCGCAAGACGUCCCGGUCGUCGAGUCGCUCGCACGACCGGCUGCACGACCACUGAGCCGCAGCGGGCCUCGCCUGAGCACGCCACGCUGCGGUCUCGCACCGUCACUUCACUCCGACCGGUACUUAGACUCUCCAGCCUACCGCUUCCAAACGAAGUUCUGUGAAGUCUACGCCGCUUUUGGAAAUAACAUCUCGUUUUUCUUAUCAUCUUUAUCCUUCGGUCAGAAGUAGCUGGGUUUGUUUGAAAUAUGAGUAUGUUUAGAAGACCCUGUCCGCCGCAAAUCAUGGUGUUUUAGACCAAGUGCCUCAGAUAGAUAAGUCUUCUUCGUAGUCAUAUUUUGUUGGUGAUAGUUUUUCAGCACCAGUAGCGACCGCCCCGGACUCCACUUGUUAAAUAUUUUUCAAUGUAUGUAAAUGUUGUUCUAAAAAGCUUUAUUGUAAAUUAGUUUUAGCCAAAACGUGGUAAACGUGUUGUCGUUACGAUAAUCCAAAGCUAUAAGUAUAUAGUGGCAUAGGACGUUGUUAAGUAGCUGUGACUGGUAUCGUAUCAUUUCUGUAUAUAAUCUACCUACCUACGAAUAUUUUUAAUUAUAGUUAUUUAUUUGAUGCUAGUUUAGCUUUCGGUGUUCAUUCGUGUUUCCGUCUCAAUUCGCCAUGACAGACAAUGGAAGUAUUAGUAUGUAUUCACCUACCUACCAUUCCCUUGUGUAAAAAUUUUAUGAAUCUACCUGCAUACAACAAAACCAUCUUUUGACCAUGGUAAUCAAGUCUAUUUUUAUAAGUAAUCGUUAUUUGUUUUCAUAUCCUUCGUUAUUAUCAAAAUUGCAUAAUUACGUAUUUUUAAAAUGCAACGUUUGGUGCGAACAGUACCUACUUUAUAGGUAGUAUUUUUAUGAGAAAUCUUAAAUAUGGAAAUUUUAAUAUAACUAGUGUAAUACUUGGAGGAUUGCACUAAAUGUUAAUAAUACUAUGUGUUUGCUAGUCGGCGUGAAUUAUUUUUACUAUCAAUUAUUAAUUAGCAUAAUAGCAUAUCAUGAAGUUUCGUUUGCUUUUUAUAUUUUUUGAUUACAUGUAUUACUUCUGUCCCAAAUAUUUCAUCUUGUUGUUGUAUUAUAAAAUCGAAUCUGCCUACACAUAAAUAAAUUGUACCUACCUAUCUACAUAAUACAUAUAAUAAUUGUUCUUUUGUAUAAAAUUACGUUUAUACUUGAAAAUGAUCACAAUUACACUGAAUCGGCUCAUUCAUUUUGUGUUUUAUUUAAUUCCUUUGAGCAUGCAUAAAAGCAUAUUAUUAUUGUAGCUGAUAACCCUUCAUGGCCUUAAAUAAUGUGUUGUUUUGGUAUGUAAACAAAAU